UCCAACUCACGGGCGAUAUCUCUCUCAAUUGCGUUUUUGUUCGUGAAAGAAGUUUCUUGAAACUUACAGAUUAAAUUUAACAGUGCCAAGCGUGCCGUGCCGGUGAUUAUUCAUUGAUUGAAUUUAACGUUAUACACAGUUGCGUACAUAUAUAUUUAAUAUUUUCAAAUCAAAUGGCUGGUGUAAUCAAGCGUGUUAUUCCAUUGUUGGAUCGCAUUUUGAUUCAACGCGCCGAAGCAUUGACUCAAUCCAAAGGCGGUAUUGUCAUUCCAGAAUCAGCACAAUCGAAAGUCUCACAAGGAACGGUCGUGGCCGUUGGAUCUGGUGGCCGCAACAAAAACGGUGAUCUUAUUCCAAUCUCAUUGAAUGUUGGAGAUAAAGUUCUACUCCCAGAAUUUGGCGGCACCAAGGUCAAUUUGGAUGAUGGAAAGGAAUAUCACUUGUUCCGCGAAAGCGACAUACUCGCUAAAUUGGAGCAAUGAACACCACGUGGAACGUAGUUUAUGCGCAUUUUAGCAACUAGAAAAUAAUAAUUCUUUGUUGAACUAUCAUACGAAUUAAAACUAUCAUUUAAUCAGACAAA